UGGAAUUUGAGUACAGACCUCACAUAAUUACAGACGGCUGAGGGCAAUGACUGACAUGUUUCGUGAUACUGGAACUGAAGAUUCAGUUGUUUUGGUAGAGUCUGAGGAGAGGCACGAUGAACUUCAAACUGAGGCCAGACCAGUGAGAGCAAUGAAACCUCCAGCUUAUGUUCCAAUGCAGGUGAGGACCUAUGAUGGGCCCUCUGGAAAGCCUGGAGGAUCUGUAUUGGUUCAGCACACCAGUGUGAAUGUCAUCACUGAGCCUCCAAAGGACCAUUUUAUCUGGUCUCUCCUCUGCUUUCUCCACUCACACCCUUGUUGUUGUCUUGGACUUGCAGCUCUCAUUUAUUCUAUCAAGGCCAGAGACCGGAAGGUGGCCGGAGAUCUGGAGGGUACACGACGUCAUGGGCUCACUGCCCGUGGGCUUAACAUUGCCGCCACCGUCCUGUUUGUCAUUGGAUUUGUGAUUUUAAUCUUAAUUAAGGUUCUGUGA